AGCACACAUGAGAGGGAACUAGGUAGUAUGGCAUCUGUAAAAGCUGUAUCUUCGGCUGCCCCCCUUGCACUUCGUAUCGUGGCGGAGUGUCCGGUGAGCAAAGCGAGAGCCUGCAGUCUGACUCUCCCGCACUGCGCGGUCAACACGCCGGUGUUUAUGCCCGUAGGCACUCAGGGCACCAUGAAAGGCAUCACUGCUGACCAGCUGGAGGAUCUGGACUGUCAGAUCUGCCUGGGAAACACCUAUCAUCUGGGCAUGAGACCGGGUCCUGAUUUAAUAGAGAAAGCCAACGGACUGCAUGGAUUUAUGAAAUGGAGAAGGAAUCUCUUAACAGACAGUGGCGGUUUCCAGAUGGUGUCUCUAGUGGAGUUGUCGGAAGUGACGGAGGAGGGCGUCACGUUCCGUUCCCCUUACGAUGGAAAGGAAAUUCUGCUCACCCCUGAGCAAUCCAUCGCCAUACAAAACAGCCUGGGCUCAGACAUCAUGAUGCAGCUAGAUGACGUGGUCAGCAGUACAGUUAAAGGGCCGCGGGUGGAGGAGGCCAUGCAUCGCUCUGUGCGCUGGCUGGACCGCUGCAUCGCAGCAAACAAGAACCCAGAUCGACAGAACCUGUUCGCCAUUAUUCAAGGAGGACUUGAUGCUGAACUACGCAAGGCCUGUUUAAAAGAAAUGACAAAGCGUGACGUGCCGGGCUUCGCCAUCGGUGGAUUGAGCGGCGGAGAGGAAAAGGACGAUUUCUGGAAGAUGGUGACUCUCAGCACAGACCAUCUCCCAAGAGAAAAACCCCGCUACCUCAUGGGAGUCGGCUACGCUGUGGACCUAGUAGUCUGUGUUGCUCUGGGCUGUGAUAUGUUUGACUGCGUUUUCCCAACUCGAACAGCAAGAUUUGGCUCUGCUUUAGUGCCCUGGGGAUCUUUGCAGCUCAAACAGAAACAAUACGCCAAAGACUUUCAGCCCAUUGAUCCUGACUGCCAGUGUCCCACCUGCAGGAGACACAGUCGAGCUUACCUUCAUGCCCUGUUCAAGAGUGACACUGCAGCCAUGCAUCACAUCACCAUCCACAACAUCUCCUAUCAGCUGAGCCUCAUGCGUUCAGUGCGCCAGAGCAUCAUUGAUCAGAGGUUUCCCGAGUUUGUGAAGGAGUUCAUGAAGAGGAUGUUCCCGUCCAGCUCGCAGUACCCCAGCUGGGCUGUAGAGGCUCUGCAGUCAGUCAACAUCUGCCUGAGCUGAGAGGAACACCUGGAGAGAUGAGGGUUAACAGAAGAAUUGUGCAUUAUUAAAAUGCAUUUUUAUACUAAUAUUUUAAACAUGUAGUAUGUGAAAUACCCGUUUUGUAAAUAAAAUCUUAUUUUCAUUUUAA